GCACCGAGCGGAGCACCGACAGAGACACCGACGCACCGAACGGACACGGCACGGCCAGCGGACGUAUGCAGGCUUUCCCUACCGAAUCAGCGGCUUGUUUUCGGUGAUUCCCCUCUCUGUCGUCGGCGCUCUAUGGAUGUGAAGUAAAGGACAGCAGCAGUCAGUCGGUGUCCUCUCCAUCUCCGUGCGCUUCUCCCGCAUCCCGCUGCCCACAUCCACAAAAUGGCGGACAUCAUCGAGCUGGGACCCACCUACGCCAUGUCUCCAGUGCUGGCGGGUUUCCUGGGAGCUGGUGUUCUGGUUUUGGUUGUGGUGGUUCUGGUUCUGCUCUGGUCUUUCUGUCAGCGCCGUUACCUACGCAUCUCUGGACGCUACAAGCUGCAUGGCGACCGUUACUGCGAUGCCGAGGACCCGCCCUACAAGUUCAUCCACAUGCUGAAGGGCAUCAGCAUUUACCCAGAAUCCCUCAGCGGUAGCAAGAGGAUCGUGCGUGGUAUCCGACGGGCCGACCGCUCCGACCGUGACGGAGAGCGAGGCUGCACCACUGCCCCCGCAGCAGGGAGGGGCAUGGUGCUGGUGGAUGCUGAGAACAACAUCCUGGAUAUGCCGGGGCAGUUGCAGAUGAGUCACCUGGUUCCCCCCGCUGGGCCAGUCCCUGAUCCUGACCAGGCCCGGGUGGAGCGGGCGCUGCCGGUCCGUGCCGACUACUGCUGCCUGGACAGCAGCUCGGCCAGCAGCAGCCAGACCAGCAGCAAGACUGCGUCUCCCUUCACCCCCGCCUCCUCGGACCCGGAGCCGGAGCCCAGCCUGGGCUCCAUCAGCCUCACCGUCGACUACAACUUCCCCAAGAAGGCCCUGGUGGUGACCAUUGUCGGGGCCCGGGGCCUCCCCGCCAUGGACGAGCAGGCGGGCAGCUCAGACCCCUACGUGAAGAUGACCAUCCUGCCUGAGAAGAAACACCGUGUCAAGACCCGCGUGCUGAGGAAGACCCUGGACCCCUUGUUCGACGAGACCUUCACCUUCUACGGCGUGGCCUACAGCUCGCUGCCCGAGCUCACCCUGCACUUCUUGGUCCUCAGCUUCGACCGCUUCGCCCGUGACGAUGUCAUUGGGGAGGCCGUGGUGCCACUGAAGGGCGUGGACCCGAGCACGGGCCGGGUCCACCUGAGCCAGCAGAUCACCAAGAGGAACAUGCAGUGUGAGAGUCGUGGAGAACUGCUGGCGUCUCUGUCCUACCAGCCCGUGUCUCAUCGCCUCAGCGUGGUCGUCCUGAAGGCUCGACACCUCCCCAAGAUGGACAUCACCGGCCUGUCAGCAAACCCCUACGUGAAGGUGAACGUCUUCUACGGACGUAAGCGCAUCGCCAAGAAGAAGACCCAUGUGAAGAAGUGCACGUUGAACCCGGUCUUCAACGAGUCCUUCAUCUACGACAUCCCGCCUGAGCUGCUGCCCGAGAUCUCCGUGGAGUUCCUGGUGGUCGACUUCGACCGGACCACCAAGAACGAGGUGCUGGGCCGCCUGCUGCUCGGCCUCCACAGCCCCUCCCCCUCCGGAGCCUCCCACUGGAGGGAGGUCUGCGAAAACCCCCGCCGGCAGAUCUCCAAAUGGCACAACCUGAGCGAGUACUGAGGGAGGACCACCGAUACCA